AUGUCGCGUCAUCGUGCGGUGCGCAACCUGAAUUUGGAGGAAGAGCUUGCCGAUGAGUAUGGCGAUGAAUACGACUUUCUCGACGAGCUCUCUCCGGAGGACCAAGAUGCCAUGGAACAAGCGCUGCUCACCGUCUUUGAUACCCUUGGCGAGCCGGACGAAUGCGGGUUUUCCGAGCGUCAAAUGAAGGAGGCGUUGUGGGAGACCUACUUUGACGCGGAAGCCGCCGUUGAUUUCCUUAUGCAAGAACGUGAACGUGAAGAAGUGCAGGCGAAAAAGCGUGCAGGUACGUAUGCAUACGCCAAGCGCAUGGCCAUGGUGGGCAUGGCAGCCAAACUGACCGAGCUAGAAGGCACGCAUGUCAGCGGGACUAGCAAAGCACCACGCACACCUUUACGACCUCGGCCUAGCACCCGACCUACACCCAUAGCCACGUCGUCGGCCUCACGCCCUGCUUCGCCGAGUACGGAUACACGAACGUUGCCAGCCCCGGGCAAGAAACUCUCGAAACUGCAGCAGAAAAUGCUCGCAUCCAAAGAAAAAAACGCCGCAGGCCCAGCGUCGAGUCUCCUACGUCGGGCCGCCUCACCAGCAGCCACGUCUCGCGCGUCGUCACCGGCUCCUGCGCCCCCACCUGUGCCAGUGGACAAAGCGCCCUCUGGCAUCACUUUAGCGACGCUGUUCCCCCGCUCGCCAGCGCCCAAACCCAUGUCUCGAUUCGGGCAGGUGGUCGAUGGUGUGGCUUCUACAUCGAUGCCUGGGCCUGCAUGGACUGCUGCUGCCACACCUGAUCCGACGGGGCGGCCUGUGACGGACGACGAGGUGGAUCAGUUGCGUGCUGCGUUUAGUGCACUGAAGAAAGAAAAAAACAAGCAACUUCAGCAGGAAAAGGCGGUGGCCAAAGCCGCCUCCACCGCGGCUGUGACGCGUGACAUGGAGAAAGUCAAGUUGCAUGACACCGCCCCUGCCAAGCCAGUGUCGCUACCUACUCCCAAAGUGGCCUAUACACGCGAACAAAUCCUGGCCGAAUUGGACCAGCGAGCUGCCUCCCAGCACCGCGAAAUUGGUCUGGUCGUUGUAGGCCAUGUGGACGCAGGCAAAUCCACCUUAAUGGGGCAUAUGCUAGUGGAGUUUGGCCAAGUGACCGAUCGUGCGCUGCAGCAAAAUACACGCAACAGUGCGAAGCAGGGAAAGAGCAGCUUUUUGUACGCCUGGAAUCUGGACUCGUCCGAAGAAGAGCGGGCACGCGGCGUCACGAUUGAUGUUGCGCAAGAUACGUUCCGCACAAAUACCUGCAUCUUCCAUCUCCUCGAUGCACCGGGUCACCAAGACUUUGUGCCGAAUAUGAUCAGUGGCGCGGCGCAGGCCGAUGCAGGUGUACUUGUCAUUGACGCUAUCCUUGGUGCGUUUGAAGCAGGGUUUGGGCCACGUGGGCAAACGCGUGAACAUGCUACGCUUCUGCGAAGUCUGGGCGUGCAGCAGUUAAUUGUGGUGGUCAAUAAACUGGACGCCGUGGACUUUGACCAGGCACGCUACGACGAGCUGCAUGCCCAACUUCUUCCGUUCCUCACGCAAUGUGGGUUCGACGUCGAUACAUCCGUGCAAUUCGUGCCAUGUGCUGCGAUGCUGGGUGAGAAUUUGCGCAAGCGAUCGCCCCAUGGUGCCCUCGCACAGUGGUACCACGGCCCUACCCUCGAACAGGCCCUUGAUCAGCUGCGUCAGCCACCGCGCAUGCACGAUGCACCGCUGCGUAUGCCCGUGGCCAACGUAUUUAAAGGCGGCUCUGUGAUCAGCUCAGGCCUCGGUGUGAGUGGCCGAAUUGUCAGUGGCUUCACCCAGGUCGGCGACGUACUCCGUGCGCUGCCAGGGGACGACUAUGGCAUUGUGAAAGCCAUCGAAGUGGAGGGCGAUACGCACCCAUGGGCCGCGGCAGGCUCGAAUGUGACGCUGUACCUGACCAAUAUGGAAUCGAAUCAAGUCCAUGUCGGCAGUGUUCUCUGCCCACCCAAUGCGUUGGUCCCGAUGCGGCAGGAAGUUGUUGUGCAACUGCUGGUGUUUCAGCCGACCUACCCCUUGGUCCGUGGCACAGCGCUGGAGGUGUACCACCACAGUGCGGAUAUCCCUGGCCAGCUAGUGGAUUUGAUUUCCGUGCUUGACAAAGGUACAGGUGAGGUCUUGCGUCACAACCCACGUGUCCUGCAACACAAUGUCACUGCUAUGGUGCGCUUGUCGCUGGGUCAUGGCGGUCGUUCGUACCCUAUGGAAGACUUUAAGACCAACAAGGAGAUGGCACGUCUCCUUUUCCGUAUGAACGGCGAAACGGUCGCGGCGGGUAUCAUUGUAGAAGCUACGUAG